ACGGUGACCGCCAAAAUCUGUUGAGUUCCUCCACGACUCUCCAUUUCCAACCAACUCAUUCCUUUUUUCUCUCUAUUUAUUAACGCAUUUGAAUUUGAUUUCCAGAAUCCCUCAUUUCACUCACGCCUCUGCUUCCUAUCAAAACCAUGGCUUUCCUCCUCCUCCUCUGUUCUGCUCCCUUCAAAGCUUUCCUCCUCCUCCUCCUCCUCUCCUUCCACUUCUUCUCCGCUGUUAGCACCGAACUCCUCGUCGGCGAUGAUGAUGGAUGGGAAGUCCCUGAUCCAAAAGAAACUGGCAAAUACAACAAAUGGGCCUCCCGAAACAGAUUCUCUGUUCAUGACACUGUCAAUUUCAGGUACAAGAAGGAUUCGGUGAUGGUGGUGACGGAGGAAGAGUACAAGGAGUGCCUUUCUUCGAAGCCUCUGUUUUAUGACAACAGUGGCAACAGUGUUGUGAAACUUGAUAGACCAGGGCUGUUCUAUUUCAUCAGUGGGGUUACGGGGCAUUGUCAAAAAGGCCAGAGAAUGAUAAUCAAAGUGUUGGAACCUGUCAGCCCUCCUCACCCACCCACUCCUCCACCCCAUGAUAACAAGAAAGCUGCUGCAGCUAAUUUACUCUCUGUUUCAUCUCCAUUCUUGGGGAUGUUCUUCAUGUUCGUUGCUUCGUUUAUGUUUAUUUGAAUGAUUUGUUAUGUCGUCUAGAAUGCUGUGUUGGGUCUUUUAGGGAGGCUAUGUUCGUUUUUUGUUUUCUUGGAUUAGGUGUUAGGGAAUGGGAUUGGUUCGAUUCAUUUAUCAUCAAAUUAU